AGUCACUUUUAUACCGGUCGCUUUAGAAACACUCAAUUCACUUGACAGACGACCUUCGAUGCAUUUCAUUGGAAUCCUUGCACUUGUUGAAUAGACACAGAAGAAUUCACAUGUUGUAUUGUUUGUUGUGUUGGUUUUGUUCUUGUUUAUUGGAAUUCCGAACGGUUGUAUAAAGACAAAUGACUUAAAUGCAGCGCCAUCUUGGACCAAUAUGGACAAACUUUGUUUUUAAGUAAAAUGGCCAUUGUAAAUAACACCACUCUGAGAAUACCUGUUGGAAGAAUUGCUGUGUGCCUGGUUGCAGUAGCACAUUCGAUAUUUUUGUACGAUGGAAUAAAUUCAACUGUAAACGAUAAUCGGCUUUACGCCCGAGACGGGGCUUUAGAAUUCGUGGAGAAAUCGCAGGCGUUGGUACUAUACCCUGUACAUUUUCUACUUAUUAUUACGUUAUUAUACUCGAAUCUUAAGAAUGCCUCUCAUUGCCUUCUACCAUGGUUAUUGGCAACGUUUCCGGUAUUUGUAUACGUUACAUUUAUGGUUGCCAAAGAUUGUCUUUGGUUUAAUGUAACAGAUGUUGCAAAAAGUUUAUUUGAUGUUGGUAUUUGUUGGUUAUUGUGGACCGUAAUUUUCAUCGUUUUCAAAGCGGGGGAAUACAGAAAUAUCGACGUAUUUGAUACAUUUGAUAAAUCCUUUUUAGUCCUUCGAUAUUAUUCAAUUCCCGGUUCAAGAAGGCUAUAAAUUUCCCUAACUAAUACCCUCAUUAACCUAACUAUGAGACACCCUAUAAAUAACGUGAAUUAUUGGAUAAACUGGCAAAUUAACUGAUUUAAGGAUUAAGGAUUUAAGGUUUAUGUAAGGUUUUCACCGGUAAAACCAAAAACUUGUUAAUUUAAAAUAUGUAUUUUUGUUACAAUAAAGCAGUAUUUUUCUUAUAAAGCUGUUGUUUCAGUAAUUUGCUUGUAAUUGUGCCGUACAUGAGAUUGUAUUUCAUGACCCAAAUCCAGGAUAUCCAGAUACAACCUGUAAAAAAGCGAAUAAAUGAAAGAAAACUUUUACUUUUUUAUAAUUUAAUUGAACUUACACAUGCAAAAUAAGUUGUAAAACGUUUGCGAUAAUUCCUCGUGGAAAAUAUAAAUGAAUCCGUAUAUUGUACCGAAAAGAAAAAUCGGCGUCAGUAUUAUUAACCAUGGUAUGGUCCAGUUUGGAUUGUUCUAAAAACACAUAA